UCUUGAAUGUGGUAGUUUUAUUUACCACGCACAUUCAGGAAGUGUGUCAACUGAAACCAGAAUAUUUAAGAGUUUGAUUUCAUUAAGCGGCCGAAGAAGGUAAGAGACAAGGACAAUAGUAUCGUGACAGUGUGUCUGAGCAGUGGACCCAUCUGUCAGCAGCAGAAUGUCUGGAAUCUAACAAGGAGUGGAAGGGUUUAGAGGAGUGAGGUGGCAUGCAGGGGAGGGGACGCAUGUAGCACAGAGCCGCGGCUCGAGGAAAGUUCCUGAGUAACACCGGAGCCGGCGAGAGAUGAGACAUGCUCUCAAGGAGCUCGGAGACAAGGCUGCUGCAGAGGGAUUGAACAUGUGAAGCCUGGACGCGUCUGAAGUCAAACUCAUCAUCGAGACUGCGUAUGUGAUCUGGCAGUUCUCGCCAACAUGGAAAUGUUGUGACUUUUUUUUACCCGAAGGAUGAAUGAAAUGACUUUAAUGAGAUUGAUGGGUGACAUGAGCUGACCCAGGAUAGCUGUGUUGUCACUUUGAUACAGUGGUUAGGUAGCACUUAUUCCCAGAGACACACCAGGCUGAAGUCAUGUCGAACUACCAAGAGCAGAGCCUGGAUGUAAAUGCAGAGUUCCACCCACUGACUGAGUCCUCCCCAGGGUUCCUCCACUGUGAGAGUGAGCGUCAAGCAGUGGAGAGACUCAUCAUUGAAGGGCCAGAAGCCUUUUACAGCUUCGUCGACUCCACCAAGAGCCUCGGCUGCUUCCUCUCUCCUGCAGAGAUCAGCCAAAUAAACAGCUGGGCCGAGGACUUUCGCUUCACCCAACUAGAGGUGCAGAAACAGGAGAAUGGUAUUUUUGGCAGCUUGGAGACGGAGGACUUCUGCUCCACGUAUUUCCCUUCCUGCUCAGACACACCAGCCCCGGAGCUGGAGCUUGGCUGGCCUGCAAAAAACUUCUGGCCGCCGAAGGAGAGCAUUGCAGUCUACACCAGUCCUCCAGCUGAGAACAAGCCUCCUGUCAGAGAGAUCAUCAGGCAGCACCUGCAAAGGGCCACGAAAGUAAUUGCCAUUGUGACGGACCAACUGACAGACAGUGCAAUAAUCAGCGAUUUACACAGAGCUGCCUCCAGGGGUGUCCCUGUUUACAUCAUCCUGAACCAAAGGUCCAUUCAGGAGAAUUUCACGCUCAACAGGCUCAGGCAUCCGCUCAUGCGGGUCCGUGUUCUCGGAGGAAAGACCUUCUGUACAAGGAUGGGAAGAAUGGUGGUCGGGGAGAUGAAAGACCAGUUCCUUCUGGUGGAUUUAGACACGGUGAUUCAUGGCAGCUACAGCCUCACAUGGUCGGAUGCCCACCUGCACCGGCAGCUCAUCACCGUUCUGACUGGCCUUGUUGUUGAAUCAUUCGACACAGAGUUCAGGAUCAUAUACGCUGUUUCGCUCCCCGUCCCUAACACAUGUACUGUUCCCACUUCUCUUGAGGCUGUGACCUAUAAGCCGAAAGAGCGACCAACUCUCAGGUUUCAAAAUCAGAAACUCCCUUUGCAGCCUGCGAUUGACAGCCCUCCACCCCCACCUGUCGAUAUGGUCCUGGACUGGAAGGCCAUGGGGGUUUUCAGUGACCAGUGCGCCCCUGACAGUCCUCAAGACCAACAGGAGGCCAUUGUGGCCAAGGCAAUUCCGCUAAAGAACAACAUGGCGUCUGAUAAAAACGCCCCCAUUAUGGAUUGUUUAACUGACACUGGAAACCAAAAUGUGGAUAAGAACAGGGUUGAAGGCAUACUGGAGAAAAUCAUCUCCAGACAUCCCUCCAAAGAGAGGAACUUCAAGUUAAAUGGCAAAACACCAACAGCACUUGAGGAUACAGCAACAGAACAAACAAAUGUAGAGCUCAAAAUCGCCCCAACGCAGAGACAAGUGCGAUUGAACAGGGAGCCCAUUAAAGAAGAGGAGUACAGAGCGAGUGAAACCAGCUCCAAAGUGGAAAACAAACCUUCCUCGAGAAAACCUUUAAUACUGAGGGUCCCACAGUCUGAGAGCUUCAGCUCUCUGAAUGACAUCAUGAAGAGGCUGACGUUGAGACAGAACCCUUCUGAGCAGCUCAACAGAGAAUCAAUGGCCACUGCAUCAUCAGAGCUGAGUCGGUCCAUGAUGGACCUGAGUGUAGACAACACAGAUACAAAAGAUGCCCCCCCGCCAAGGUUUAAGGCCACUGGCUUUGACCCAGAUCAGAUGACAGCUAGUUUAUCCUUGAUGAAGAGGAGGAACGACGAAUUCAAACCUCUAUUGUACAGAACUCCAAAAAACAUCUUGCCCCGAGAGAGGCCUCGCAGCUCCAGUUACGCCCUCAGUAUGGACUGGAGGAAGUCACUGGCAGAACUGGAGGAGCAAAAAGAAUCAGGAGCGUUGAAAUAAAAUAAGGAAAUACAUGAGCAUUAUGUUCUGUCUUAACAUCUCAGUGACACCUAUGACCUCAAACAAACUGUGACUCUAAGAAUAAAAACCAUUGAUAUGAUGAAUGUGUAUAUGGUAACAAUCGUGUAUGUUGAUUUGAUAUCCCACUGAAUUAGAUAAUGAGAUGUCUCACUGUAUGUUUAUAUACAUUGUGUGUUGCACUGCUCUACUUAUAGUGUUUCUGCUCACACUUUGUCAGUAGAUUCCGGAAGGUUCCCGCUUCCUGGAUUGCAGCUUGCGCAGCAACGGGUUAGCUCGUAGAGUAGAUGAUUUGUACGGUUUUGUAUAUUUUGUAUAAUAUUCCUUGAGUUUUUAUGUCUGUGUACUUAACGUGGUGACUUGUUUGUUUCUGUGUACAACUGCUCCACGUACCUUAAAAUUCACCCAUAAAUGAAUAAACACAACAGCUGAAAUUUAAUUCCUGGUAUAGUUGAGGCUUUUUUUUAUAUAG